AUGACCAUGAGUGCGGGAUACACAGUUUCGCCUGCGUCGCUCGACCUUCGCGAUCACCUCAAUGAUCGCACACAGCAACCCCCCCGCGAUACUCACCAUAGCUAUAACUACAAUUACAAUCAUAACAACCAAAAGUGCCCCGUCACGCCUAUUGAAUCUCAUCUAUUGUCACCGUAUUCCUCCCACGUUCAAAGUAACUCCGCCUCACCUAUAGCUAAUCUCAACACCCCCGCGGACACCGUCUCCACCGAUUUCUACCAGCCGAGCGAGUUCAGUAGCGAAUUUGAUGACCCAUUUCUUGGGGUUGACUUCAACGACACCCAAGAUACAUUGCCUCAAUUCCUCGAAGGGUUCGACAGUAUUCAGGAACCCAUAACCCAUGUACCCAUCCAAAACACUGUUACUAGAGAUGCUAUAUAUCCUCUGAGUCCUCAUCAAACGCCUGCCGUACCAUCUACAUCAACUUUUGGUGGUGGUAUAGACACCAGUGUUGGCUUGGCGGAUUCCACUGACUAUCAGCAUUUCGCAAAUCAAGUUCAGCCCUUUACCAGCUCCAUCGAUUCGAAUCAAUCUGCGCCUCAGCUAACACCUGAUACGAACGACGGUAGUUUCUCGAGUGAUGAUAGUCUUGCGCCGACUACGCUUGCUAUGGCUACCCAAAGUCCCCGCGUUACCGUUUCCAUGUGGAACAGGGAUGCAGAAGCUCCAAUACAAGGUGUAGAGAGCAUAGCCGGGGAUUUGACCAGCGAGAAUACCCACGAGACCACAGUGUUACGAGAUGCACAGGGUAACUGGUUACCACAGCCUGCCGGAGGGUAUCGAGGCCUUGCCCCAGGAAACCGUCCUUCCGAGGAGAUCCCAAGUCCUAAUCAGCAAGCUACCCAAAGGGAACGCGCAGAGAAGAACAAAGAGGUUUUUAAAUGGGUCUCCCGAUCGGCUGGUAACCCGAGCAACGUCUCAGAUAGUCAGGAAAGGCUUGCUGGUGGACAGGAUUCGGGAGAUGAUAAUAUACCUUCCACCGAAAUUCCUCUAGGAGAUACAACUGAGAACAAUUACAUUCAUAAUCAGACAUAUUUUAAUGUCAACGGACCAGGUGGGCCUAUUACGCACGCUGAUAUUGAUAUGAUGCGACAGUUCCCUACUUGGGGGGAUACGCCGACAAUUCAUGCUAUUCAAUCUGGCACCCACUAUCAGCCUGCAACAUCACAAGCUGCUAUCGAAAGGUUCAACCGGCAAUGCCAGGAUACCGACUCAAUUGUCUCGAGAGCAGCUACCUGGGGGACGCGCCGGCGAAGCCUACCUAGCAUCGUGGACAUGGAGGAAAUUCUCAGCGGAAAUUUCUUUAAGAAACUAUCCAUUAGUGGACACAGUCGCCGGCCGGGUUUCAUGAAAAGAAUUCCUAGCCUUGUACGGAAGCCUAGCACCAGCCAGUUGUUGAAGCGUAAAGGAAGCAAUGCUAGUGAAGUACCACCAGAGGAUACUGGAGAACGUGAACGUCGAGAGUCUAAAGAUACGUUGGCGCCGCCGUCGCGUACCUCUAGUUGGGGCAUUACUAAGAAGCAGCCUCCUAGUUUAAAUACCGCAUUGCUCGGAAUGGCUACAGGAGCUGCUUCAAUCGGGACAGCUCACGUUCGGAGCGGUUCAAUUAGUGCAUCGGUGACUUCGCCGAAGAGUUCAUUUGGAGCUCUCAGUAUACCCUCCGUUAAAAAUACUCUCAGGAGGCCGAGGAGUAAGACGGAGCUUCCGAAGAGCUCUAAUCCGGAAUACUUCUCACACCCAAAUCUCGUGGGGAUGUUGAAAAAGCAAGGUGGUCCACCAGUUGCUGCACUAGCGGGGACGCGAUCGACAAUAGAACAGGAUGACGACGAUGAUGAAGAUGAAGAUGACGAAGGGUUUGACGACGCGGACAUAAAGACCGAGUUGAACAAAUCGAGACACAUCGAACCAACUUUCGUGGGUUUCCGAGAACAUGUAUUUGAUCAAAAUCCUGGUCUUCCAAGUGAGAAUGGAUGGCUAGCCGACCGCAUUGCGCAUCAGAUGGUUAUACGCUAUAAGCAACUUCAGACCGCGAAAAUCAAGCAUCUAAAUCAGGUUCGACAGCAAAAUUGCCAUAGUGGAACACAAUGCAUUGAUCUUGGUGGGUCAGCUGUUCCUCUAGAUGGCAGAGGCAACGAGCGAGGUCUUGACCCCCUAUCAGCUCGACCAGAUUCGUCCGACGGCGACACCACGCCACUCGAAGGUGGUAUUAGCUCGGAAAGCUUCCCACAAGGUAUCCCCAUGCCUCCGACUUCGUCCCUCCCGGCAGAGUUUGAGUGCCAACUAUGCUUCACGAGUAAAAAGUUCCAGAAACCUUCUGACUGGACCAAGCACGUCCACGAGGAUGUUCAGCCGUUCACAUGCACCUGGGAGAAAUGCCCCAAUCCUAAGAUGUUCAAAAGAAAAGCUGACUGGGUCCGUCAUGAAAAUGAAGGUCAUCGUCAUCUCGAGUGGUGGACAUGCGACGUUGACGACUGCCGACAUAUCUGCUACAGACGUGACAAUUUCUUACAGCAUCUCGUUCGUGAGCAUAAAUUCGCAGAGCCAAAAAUUAAGACGAAAGCUGCCAUCAAGAAGGCUGGCGGUGGUGACCGCACGUGGUCGAGAGUAGAGUCGUGCCACGUUGACACGUCAGAUAAGCCAUCUAACGAGCCUUGCCGGUUCUGUCGAAAGACAUUCCCGACUUGGAAAAAACUUACGGUUCAUUUAGCAAAACAUAUGGAGCACCUCAGCCUUCCCGUCUUAGAAGUUGUCGGCAGGAAAGAACUUGACGCAGAUACAAUCAUCAGCCCCGUGCAGGAUCCGCCACGCCCUAAUUUUCCAAUACCCCCAGUAAAACAAGAGCAUCCAAGCUUUAGUCCAGAGAGUUGCAACACGCCGAUUUCCGUUCCAAUGCCAACAGGGCCGACGGGGUAUUCCCAAGAUGGCUUCAAUUAUAACGUAGUCCGGAUGCCCGUACGAAACCCCCUACAAAGUGACUACUACAACCCACACUCGAUAGCGCAGUCGUAUAACGAAAUGACGCCUAAUCAGGGGCCUAGUAUGAUGAUGCCCAAUUAUAACAACCCUCAACCAUCCCAACCUCCGUACCAUACGGUACCCGUCACCACAAUAUCGUCAUAUGACCAGUCUCUAAAUUCCUACGUGAAUUUGCAAUCUCAGCAAGAUGGAUUAGAACCAUUUCCUCAAUUCGAUCCUCUAGGAAUUCAAGAGUCUGCCGGGUCUUUAUGCUAUAGCAACCUUGCAGCUGGUAAUAUCCAACCGGUCGAGCAGUAUUCCAACCAUGGAGGCUCCGUUUCGCCUUAUCAUCGCUCACCUCACCAAGGCCAAAACAACUUUUACAACUCGUGA